GACGCUUCCAACAGGCAACGCGCCGAGGCCCUGGACCAGGAAGAUGCGCUGAGGCACACGCGGGAUGAGUUCGUCAUCCCCACGAAACAAGACAUCACCAGCAAGACCCUUGCCAAGAAAGGUUAGCAAUUGGGGGCAUCAUUCUACUCCAUCAGAAGACACCUAGCUUCCUUCAUUAUCGCUCUCCCCAUCUCAUUCACGUGUCGUCUCUCGUCACUCAAUGCCCUCUAGACUCUAGAUUUUUGAAGCUAAUAUCCUUCACCAAGGAAAAGAUGACGGCUCUGCCACAUCAGACGCGGGUCAGCAGAAAUGCACCUACCUCUGCGGCAACUCCCUCGGCCUGCAGCCUAAGCGCACCGCCGAGAGGAUACAGCAGUAUCUGUCUACCUGGGCGACGCAGGGCGUCCAGGGACACUUCAAGCCUUUGGAGGACUCCCCGUUGCCGACAUGGCUCGAUGUCGACGCCAAGGCAGCCAAGAUGAUGGCUCCCAUUGUUGGCGCUGAUGAAUCCGAGGUUGCCGUGAUGCAGACCCUGACAGCUAACCUCCAUCUUCUCAUGUCGGCCUUCUACAAGCCCAAGAAGGAUGGCAGACACAAGAUUAUCCUGGAGAGCAAGGCCUUCCCAAGUGACCAUUUCGUCGUGGAGACCCAAAUCAGACACCACGAUCUCUCCCCAUCAACGUCAAUGGUCUGCAUUGAACCCCCCUCAACAGCCGUAGAGCCAACCCUCGCAACCCAGCACAUCCUCUCCGUCAUCGAGGCCCACGCCGCAGACACGACCCUCAUCCUCCUGCCGGGCAUCCAGUACUACACCGGCCAGCUCCUCGACAUCCCAACCAUCACCGCCUUCGCGCACAAGCACGCCAUCCCCAUCAUCUGGGACCUCGCUCACGCCGUCGGCAACGUCCCGCUGCACCUCCACGACUGGGGCGUCGACGCCGCGGCCUGGUGCACGUACAAGUACCUCAACGGCGGGCCGGGCUGCAUCGGCGGCGCCUUUGUCAACGCGCGGCACACGGCCGUCACGACCUCGGUCGACGACGCCGACUCCGAUCAAGGGUACGUGAACCGCUUCGGCGGAUGGUGGGGUAACGACAAGAGCUCGCGCUUCGUCAUGGCGACAAAGUUCCACCCGGCGGCCGGGGCGGCCGGGUUCCAGCUGAGUAACCCGAGCGUGCUCGACAUCACGUCGCUGUGCGCCUCGCUCGAGGUGUUUGAGCUCGCUGGUGGGAUGGCGCCGCUGCGGGAGAAGUCGAAGCGGUUGACGGCGUUCUUGGAGGUGCUGCUCCAGAAUUGGCUCAGUUCCGAUAUGUUUAGCAUUAUUACGCCGUCGGGGAGCGAGGAGCGCGGCGCGCAGUUGAGUUUGAAGCUCGCGGAUGGGCUGCUGGAUGGUGUGAUGGAGUACUUUGAGGAGGUUGGGGUGGUUAUUGACGAGAGGAAGCCGAAUGUCAUCAGAGUUGCGCCGGCGCCGUUGUAUAAUACGUUUGUGGACUGUGUUGAUUUUGUCGAGCACUUUGGUAAGGCUUUGCAAAGGGCCAGCAAGAGAGCGUAGAUAUGGUUAGGCUUAUGUCAAAGAUAUUCAACCAGACAACAUCCACAUAGAACAUGAGAAAGACUUGACAUACUCAGUU